ACCACUUGCCUUAUAUUUUUACCAGUUUGAGAUGAUUCUAGUUUUGUAAUUAGUAGUAAUAUAUAAGUGAAAAUUUGCAUGUUUAACCACACCGCUUAACCUCAGAAUCACCCGAAAGUUGUCUUCUUUUCUUGCUCUCUCUGACCUUAGGAUUUGAAGCGUUGCCGUCAACUACAGGUUUUUUUUGGUGGGUUGGUUUGAUUACGUUUUUUAGGGUUUUGAAAGUUUGAGGAUUUCUGGGGAAGAAGAAGAAGAAGAGGGAAUGACUAUUAUUGUUGGAUUGGACGAUCUUUCGAAAGCACUCAUCGAUGCUGGAAAGAAUCUUCUUAGCCCUCCUCCAACUGACGAGCUUCUUACUCUUCUCGAUGAAACUGAGUCUCUGCUUCGAAAUGUGGACCAAGAUCCACCGGUGUCAAUGCAAAGUGCCCUUCUUCCAUCCAAGAAUGCUUUGGUAUCAGUUGACCUUUUAAGCCAUCCUGAUUCUGAUGUUAGGGUUUCAGUUUUGUCUUGCUUAACCGAAAUUGUGAGGAUAACGGCCCCAGAAGCUCCUUACAGUGAUGAUCGAAUGAAGGAUAUCUUCAGGUUGACAAUUGAAGCUUUCGAGAAACUAUAUGAUGCGUCCUCUCGCAGUUAUAGGAAAGCAGAGUCUGUUCUUGAUAAUGUUGCAAAGGUCAGAUCAUGCUUGGUGAUGUUGGACUUGGAAUGCUAUGACCUCAUUCUACAUAUGUUUCAGAAGUUCUUGAAAAUCAUAAGACCUGAUCAUCCUCAAGUGGUGCUUUCGUCAAUGGAGAUCAUAAUGAUUACAAUAAUAGAUGAAAUCGAAGAUGUAUCCACAGAUUUGCUUGAUAUCCUCUUAGCAAACGUCAAAAAGGAAAAUCAGGAUAUUUCACCAAUGUCUUGGAGUCUUGCGGAGAAGGUUCUUAGUAGAUGUGCACGUAAACUUAAACCAUACAUCAUCGAAGCUUUGAAGUCUACAGAGACCAGCUUGGAUAUGUAUUCUCCAGUAGUUUCGUCCAUAUGCCAGAGUGUUUCUGACACAACUAAAGUCCACAAUACAGUUAACACCAAGGAAAAUGAGGCUGCUGAAACGACGUUGAGGAGACGAGUAACCGCAAGUGGUUCACUAGAGGAGAAAUUGGGCUGGGGGCAUUCUCGCAACGAGAUCCUUUCUAAAAGUAAUUCCAAGAGACCUGCAAGAGAUGGAACCCGACAAAUCGAUGAAAAGGACAAAGUUAGAAAUGGAAACAAUUCUAGUUUGUUGAGACAGAGUCUGAAGCAAGUGCGGUCAGAAAGUACAGAUGCAGAAACAGAAUUAGGAAUUACAGGGAAGAGAGGACGGAAACCCAAUUCUUUGAUGAAUCCGGAGGAUUAUGACAUUUCUUGGCUUUCCGGAAAAAGAGAUCCUGUAAGGACGUCUUCAUAUAAAAAGUUCCAGAAAAAAGGAUCUGGGGGAGAAUCAUCACUUGGAAAGGUGUCUGCCAGGAAAACACCUCUGCUUAAAGAAACUUCCCCAACCACUAGUAGGGCUCUGACAGGUUCACUUAAACGAAGCCGGUUUAAGAUGGAUGAGAGUGAUUAUGAUUCUGAUUCUCUUUCUUCACCGAGAUUGAAGAAAUUGGCGUCAUGCUUCCGGGAUGAAGAGCACCAUAAAGAAGAAUCUAACCAAGAGGAAGAUGACAGAAAGAUUGGAAACUCCCGCAAAAAGACUAGGUCCCAAAAUGGUUUAGAGAAAUGUCAGAAGACAGCCAAGAAGAAUCCAAUCGUAGAAGCUAAGAUUGUAAAUUCCAGUGGAAAGAGAUUAUCAGCUCGCUGGGAUGCUAAGAGAAAGAAUUUAGAACGUGCAUCCCUAGAUACUCCUGUUCCACAAUCAUCAAAGAGAAAGAAGAUGGUUUCUCAAGUUACAGCCACAAAAUUGUCUGACGAAUCUGAAGAAACUCCAAAGAGCCAUCCGACAAGGAGACGAACAGCAAGAAAAGAAGUGGAGUCUGAUACAAAUGGCUUUGGUGAGGAGUUGGUCGGUAAGAGAGUUAAUAUUUGGUGGCCACUCGACAAGACGUUUUAUGAAGGCGUCAUAGAUUCUUAUUGUACUCGUAAGAAAAUGCAUCGGGUAAUAUAUUCUGAUGGAGAUUCGGAGGAGCUUAAUCUCAUUGAGGAACGCUGGGGGUUAGUCAAAGAUCACACUUCUGACGAUGAGGAUAAGGAGGUUGAUCUGCCAGAGUCCAUUCCUUUAUCUGACUUAAUGCAGAGACAGAGAGUCAAGAAAAGCAAAAACGUGGCAGCGUCUGUGGAACCGACGAGUUCCUCAGGUGUAAGAUCCUCCAGUAGAACACUCCAUAUGAAGAAGGAUAUUGGCAAAAAGUUAAAGAAACAAGUUGAAAAAACAGUAGGAGAAGGAAAGAAUCUAAGAUCGUUGAGAGAGUUAAAUGCUGAAACUGACAGAGCAGCAGAAGAGGAGGAAGUGAGUCUGGAAGCUGCUGAAACUGACAGAAGAGAAGAGCAGCAGGAAUACGAAGAUGAUUGUAGCGAGAAGCAAGAACAAUCCGAAUAUAAAGGUGUAGAAGCUGAAGCUAAGGAAGAAGAGAAACAAUUUGAAAGUGAGAGUGAGAGUGGGAGGAGCCAGGACUCAGAGUCAGAAGAAGAGCCGAAGUGGAGAGAAACAGAUGAUAUGGAGGAUGAAGAAGAAGAAGAAGAAGAGAGAGAGGAGGUUGAUGAUAAAGGGGCAAACACAAGCUUUUCGGAGAUUGAGAAAGAAGAGGACGAAGAGAAAGAGUCAUGAAGGACAGUUAUACAGUUAGGGAAUUUGUAAUGAAAAACCAGUUCCAAAAAGAUUCUUUCUACUUAGACUCUUUGCUUUUUUCUUUAAUUUUAUGUCUUUGUAGAUUGUUAUUUGAAACUAGUUCGAGAUGGCGUCACCUGGUUUGUGUUGUGUCUACUAAAGUUGCUUGAGAGAGUUUGUGACAUUGAGUUGUUGUAAUUAGAAGUCCAUACCUAUAUCGUUGUCAUUUAAUAACUACUAGUAAUAUACAACAUGGUAAUGAUGUGCCACGUU